UGGCGGCCGCCUCUUCCUCCACCUGCCCGACGCCCCGCAGGUUUGGAUGCAGCGUCCACUCUCAAAGGUUCUUCUGGUGGGCUUCGGGCUGAGCUGGGCUUGGAAGAACACCGGGCAACGCAGGGGAAUUUCCCAGCUGCGUGGAGCCAUGAGGCUGGUUCAGUUCCAGGCCAAGGGGUCAAGCCCUGAGCCCCGGAUUGGGCUGGAGGAACGAGACGGCGGAGAUGUGGUGGACCUGAACGCUUUCGACCCCUCCUUGCCCAGGACCAUGCGAGCCUUCCUGGAGGCAGGAGAGGCAGCGCUUGCAGUGGCCGGAAGAGCACAGCAAUCUGGCUGCCCUUCUCUGGCCCGGUCCGAAGUGUCCCUCUUGGCUCCCAUCACCGGCCCAGAUAAGGUCAUCUGCGUCGGCAUGAAUUAUGUGGACCACUGCCUGGAGCAGAACGUCAAGAUCCCCAAGGAGCCCAUUAUCUUCAGCAAGUUCUCCAGUUCCAUUGUGGGACCCUAUGAUGCCAUUGUCCACCCGGUGGAGACCAACGAAGUUGACUGGGAAGUUGAGCUGGCCUUCGUCAUUGGGAAGAAGGGGAAACGCAUCCAGGAAUCCGAGGCGAUGGCCUACGUGGCUGGAUUCAUGGUGGCGCAUGACGUCAGUGCCCGAGACUGGCAGAUGAAGAGGAAUGGGAAGCAAUGGCUGCUAGGGAAAACCUUCGACACCUUUUGCCCGCUGGGCCCAGCUCUCGUGACCAAGGACUCCGUCUCAGGUUCGGAAGCUGCCAGUCCCCUCGGCUGA